GGGGCCUGGCCAGGACGGCCCAACUUCCGUGACACAGCAAACGCUGAAAGACAAAGUCCACUUGGAUGGAAGUGGGAGCGGAAUGAGAGGGGCCAUUUUGACUGUGGUCAAAGGAAAUGUGUGAUCUGGCAUCCGAGGUACCCAGGGUCUAAGGAUAACUCUGAGGCCAUGACUGCCAUGAUUCUCACAGACGACUCCAGAUUUCUGCAUUCUAGGCAAUGGCAGGUGCCACUGGACUUAAUGUGAGACCGUUUUCUUAGAGGAUGGCCAAGGGGCUCCUGAUGACUUACGCCCUUUGGGCUGUAGGGGGCCUUGCUGGUCUCCACCACCUGUACCUGGGACGGGACAGCCAUGCACUGCUCUGGAUGCUUACCCUGGGCGGUGGUGGUCUAGGCUGGCUCUGGGAAUUCUGGAAGCUCCCAAGCUUUGUUGCUCAGGCCAACAGAGCCCAGGAGCAGAGGCAGAGCUCAGGAAGGGGGAUACCCCCUCUAAGUCUCAUUCGCUUUGUUGCCCAGAUGAUAGUGGGCAUCUAUUUUGGCCUUGUGGCUCUCAUUAGCCUUUCCUUCAUGGCCAGCUUCUAUAUUGUGGGCCUACCACUGGCAGUUGGCUUAGGGGUCUUGCUGGUGGCUGCCAUUGGCAACCAGACAUCAGACUUAAAGAACACUCUAGGGGCCGCAUUUCUUACUUCCCCUAUCUUCUAUGGCCGCCCCAUAGCCAUCCUGCCCAUCAGCUUGGCUGCGAGCAUCACAGCCCAGAAGCAUCGCCGCUACAAACCUUCAGCUGGGUCAGAGACGCUCAGCGUGCGGCUCUACCGUCUGGGCUUGGCUUACCUUGCUUUCACAGGCCCGUUAGUGUACAGUGUGCUCUGCAACACAGCUGUCACCCUCAGCUAUGUGGCAGAUACUCUUGGCUCCUUCUUGAGUUGGUUCAGCUUCUUCCCCCUCCUUGGGCGCCUUUUGGAGUCUGUUCUCCUUCUGCCUUUCCGAGCCUGGAAGCUACUGGUAGGAGAUCAUAGCAUCAGCAGCAGCUACUUCCAAGAGUGGGCGAAACUUUAUGAGUUUGUUCACAGUUUUCAGGAUGAGAAGCGUCAGCUGGCUCUCCAGGCUUUUGGUCUCUCAGAGGGGGCAACAAAUGAAGAAAUACAUGGCAGAUACCGGGAGCUAGUGAAGACCUGGCACCCUGACCACAAUCGGCACCAGAUGGAGGAAGCUCAGAGACACUUUCUGGAGAUCCAGGCUGCGUAUGAAGUCCUGAGGCAGCCCAGGAAGCCCAGGGGAUCCUGGAGGUGGGAAGAAACUUCCCUUUGAGGUUGGACUGGCAGAGUUGGAUCUCUUGUCCCAGCACAGCUUUGCCCAGUGAGGCAUCCCAACAGUGUAAAAGAAACUGUCAUUUGCAGUGUGUUCUCAGUUGCUCAGUCGUGUCUGAUGCUUUGUGACCCUAUGGACUGUAGCCUGCCAGGCUUCUCUGUCCAUGGGAUUUCCCAGGCAAGAUUAUUGGAGUGGGUUGCCAUUUCCUUCUCCCAAUCACUUGCAGUGGAGAUGAGAAAGCCUUAAAGAGGUGAGAAAACUAUUGUGAUUUUGAAUUUCUGAAUUAUUGGCUAUUGUAGUCCUGACUUUUUUCUUAAUCCACAUAGUGAAAUGAAAGACAUAUUAUAAAACUAGCCCCUGCCCGACGCGCUUGAGCGGCCCGGAGACCGCCGCUGCCUCACUCGUCGGCUGGCCGGUGGUGCCUUUGAAAGGCAGCGGGAGGCAGCGAGCGCAAUGGUGAGACUGGGUCGGCCUGCUGAGCGUGUUGGGCCUGGUUCUGUGCAGGGCAGCGGGCCUCGGUCUGAGCGCCCCUCCCGCGCCCACCCCCAAGAAGCCCAUCAUCGGAAUAUUAAUGCAAAGGUGCCAUAAUAAGAACAUGAAAGCCCUGGGAAAAUACUAUAUUGCUGCAUCCUACAUGAAGUUUCUGGAGUUAGCUGGUGCGAGAGUGGUACCUUUGUAAGGCUUGAUCUUGAAAAUGAACAGUAUGAAAAGCUUUUCAAAUCUAUUAAUGGAGUCCUUUUUCCUGGAGGAAGCGUUAACCUUAUGAGGUCAGGUUACGCUCGUGUGGCCAAAAUGUUUUACAGCUUGUCCAUAAAGAGUUUUGGUGAAGGAGACUAUUUUCCUGUGUGGGGCACCUGCCUUGGAUUUGAAGAGCUUAUUUAUCUGGUCAGUGGAGAGAGCUUAUUAACUCUUACAGAUACUGUUGGAAUUAAACUGCCGCUGAACUUCUCUAGAGGUACAUUGCAGAGCAGAAUGUUCCAGAAUUUUCCUGCUGACUUGCUGCUGUCAUUAGCAGUAGAACCUCUGACCGCACAUUUCCACAAGUGGCCGUGAUGAAUUUUACGAAGAAUGAAAAGUUAAAGGCGUUUUUCAAUAUAUUAACUACAAAUACAGAUGGCAAUAUUGACUUUAUUUCAACCAUGGAAGGAUACCGGUAUCCAAUAUAUGGCGUCCAGUGGCAUCCGGAGAAAGCUCCUUAUGAGUGGGGGCAAUUACAGGGCAUUUCCCAUGCACCUAAUGCUGUGAAGGCUGUGUUUUAUUUAGCAGAGUUCUUUGUGGCUGAAGCUCGGAAAAGCAAUCACCAUUUUGAAUCUGAUGUUGAAGAGAGCAAAGCGCUAAUUUAUCAGUACCAUCCAAUUUACACUGGAAACGUUUCUUCGUUCCAGCAAAGUUACAUAUUUGAUUGAAAGGCUUCUCUGUGUUAACAGGAAUUCUGAUUAAUUCCCUGAGUAAACUGUUAUAAUAAUGAAAAACGUGCUACUUGUGGCAGUAAUAGGUCACAAAGAUGCCUUUUCUGUGAUGUUACUGACUCUUGAUUCUUCAUUCAGUAUUUUUGUGUAUCACAUUUGAUAAUCAGUGAGACAGAUAAAUAAUCAUAGCGUA